UUGGUUCUGUUACUUGUGGCGAUGUGAAGAGCAGUAUUUGCAUUCUGAUGGUUUGAUUUGCUUAAAAACUACACACCCGUGUAGAGUUGGGACUACUUUGUGCGUUUUUCCAGUUUGAAACUAAUCAUAAUAUGCGGAUAGAUUUUUGUUGUUGUGCCAAUCCAAAGACAGUCCAAACUGAAACAACUGGGAGUUGGAAAUCCAAGGGCCAGACUCCAGUGUGUUCCCCCAGCUCCCACUGAGGUCUAAAGCUCAGCUAUUUCUCUUCAUCUCUGCUACUGAAUCAUGGCAGGCCAACACAGACUUUACUCCUGGGAAACGCAAGAACCUCCAAAGAACAUUGAAGAAUUCUUAAAGUUUCAAAAUUGGGAUUAUUGGCCAAGGGAAGUCCAUUUUAGUGAUAAUAAUAAAUGGGCAAGCACUCUGAAUAAAAUAAAAGAAGAUAGUUCAUUUACUUCAAUUUAUACAUAUCUAUGGGAAAAUGUUCCUCGACUAUAUGAUGCAUCCAUGGCCAUGGAGUCAAGAUUACAGGAUUGUGCAAUUCUUUUGGAAAAACAUGCCUCUAAAAUAUUUAAGUUGGAAAAUGUAAUUCCUGGGAAAGGUCCUCAAGGAAAAUUGGAAAAAUACAAGGCAUUUCUAAGGAAGCACCAUAAGAAAACGAUGAUAAUGCUUUCAGAUGAAAUGGAGACAAAGAAGAAUAUAGAGGGUUGCAAUUUUUCAGGAUUCAAAACAAAUGAGCUUACUCAACUACCCAGACACUUGGAUGCUGAACGAAUCUAUCUUUUUAUUUUAAAAGUCCAUAACUUUGAUGAAAACGUUAUUAAAAUCUGGAGGACUCAUUUUCUCUCAGAAGCCUCUAUUGCUCUUUUGCAUGAUUCCUUUUGGUGGUGGUUUCUCCAUAGAUUUAAGCCUGACCAAAAAAAUCAAGAUUUCUUGUUUGAUAGGAUUUCAGAAAGUUACGUGGCACUUUUUAUGAGCAUACAUCUAAAUCGAAAGGAUGCAUUCUUUCAGGUGUAUCCUGAUUGUUUGGCACAAGCUAUCUAUGUGACAUUCCAGGAAGCAUUUCCAGAAUCCAGUGACCUCUUUAAUGAUGAAUUUAAAGAAGACCUAGGGAAUACCAUUUUUCUCUGGUUGUCAGGUUUGAAACCUCAAAAAGGCUUUUGGACCAAGUGGAAACUGAAAGAACUGUCCACAACAACCAUACAUGGUACCAAGAAAGCACCUUCCAAAUCCAUAAAGGAAAGGAUUGCAAGAAGUCAAGAACGCAUAUCAAAUUCUAUAGACUUCAAUAUGACAAAAAUUUUAAAGGCUCCAUCAGCAUAUACAAUGCCCACAUCCAAGGAAGAAUCAAGAUUAUCAAGACUAACGACAAAGUCCCAUUAUAGUAGCACUGGUCCAGAGUUUAACCGUGUGCUCUUCAAUUUUGGAGGUCGGAGUCCACUGAUUUUACAUUAUCUUAAGAAGCAUGAGCUAGCUGGUAUUUCCAAAGCCCCUAGACGAACCAAGAUUAAAUUCACUGAAAUAUCACAAGAACCAUCACCUGCUCCAACUUACCGUGAAAUUAUAAAGGAAGCAAAAAGACAAUUUUCAAGGAACCAAAAGGAUUUUAGGAUACUCCAAGCAAAGGCUACCAAGAAGCCUCAAGAAGUUGAAAAUGACUUUAAGAAGUUCGUACAUAAAAUGAGAUCUGAAGCUCAAGUUGAGAGAGAAUUUCUGGCAUCACUGUCAUCAUCAUCAACAACAGAGGACUGCAACCUGGAGGAAGAAGAGCACUGA